AUGGACAGCAAGCCCCUCCUGCAAGACAGACCCCCGGCUUACAGCCCGGCCGCCCACGAGUACGGGCAGGGGGGCUACGGGACCAUCCCCGCUCCCCAACCGGGCUUCCAGCCGCCUCCGCCCUACGGGUACCCCACCGGUUCUGCUGCAGCCUACGCGGUCCCUCCAGGUCCUCCUCCGCAUAACUACCCCAACACCACGUACACAAUAAUCCAGCAACCUCCCACCGCCUCGGUUGUCGUAGUUGGCGGCUGCCCUGCUUGCAGAGUUGGAGUCCUGGAAGACACUUUCACCUGCCUCGGCGUCCUGUGUGCUAUCGUAUUUUUCCCCAUCGGCAUUCUUUUCUGCCUCGCGUUGAGGCAACGGAGAUGUCCCAACUGCGGGGCGACGUUCGGUUAA